CGGAUAUUUGUCCCCAAAAAUAAUAAUAAUAAUACUCCGUAUAGUACAAUCUUGGCUUGGUUUUCUUGGAGCAAAAAUCUGGCCGGAGAUGAGCAUUCCGACUGGAGAACUCGCCGGAGAUGAUUUGUUUGGACCGGCAACUAUUGCCGCCGGUGAACUUUACAGUUUUCGCGAUAACUAUUUCCCUAUAAGUACAGAGGAAAGAGUUUCCAAAUUGCAAAGCCAAUCUGAUCUGGCUCUUCAAAUCCUCGAUACAAUCCCUAUAGAAAAGAGGAAAUUACCGCUUCAACGUGCAACGUAUGAGUAUUUAAGAGGGAAAAUACUGGAUGUAGUUCCUGUAUAUAAGAAGGAAGCAGAGGAUCAUCUGUCCAAAGCUGUUAAGUUGAAUCCAUCUCUUGUGGAUGCUUGGCUAUGUCUAGGUAACUGCAUUUGGAAGAAAGGAGAUUUAAAUGCAGCUAAAAACUGCUUUACGUUUGCCCUUAGCAAGGGUCCAAAUAAGAAUAUUCUAUGUCAGCUAUCAAUGCUUGAAAGGAAACUGGCUCAAGAUGCUGAAAAUCCAGAAGAAACUGUUGAUGAAAGCAUCAAACAUGCCAGGGAAGCGAUCACUUUGGAUGUCAAGGAUGGAUAUUCUUGGUAUAACCUAGGAAAUGGAUUUCUCACUUCUUUUUUUGUGACUGGAGCAUGGGACCACAGUAAGCUUCUACAGUCAUUAAAAGCGUACCAGAAUGCUGAGAGAGAUGAAAAAAUGAAGUCAAAUCCUGAUCUGUACUACAAUUGUGCCACUGUGAACAAAUAUCUGGAGAAUUAUGAGAGGGCCCUUACUGGAUUUGAAGCUGCUGCGUUAAUGGAUCCUGGUCUUAAUGCUAUGGAGGAUGCACGAAUGAUGGUUCUGCUUCUUGAGAAAUUAGACUAUUUGCUUCGGGGUCAGAUUAAGGCUAAGCGGCUUUCUUCCCUAUCAUCAUCUCUUGCGACAGUUGAUUUAAGCCAUUCAUACAAAAGAGCAACCAUGGAUCUCUUAUCUGAAGGUCUUAAUAAAGGAAUUGCAAUCGCAGGAAAAGUUUUGUUCUUUGCUAAGAAUGAGAGUUUAGCUCCAUUAUACUAUGUGCUAUCUGAUUCCAAUCACACAUCUUAUGUAAUUACGGUGUAUGGUAUUCGGAAUGAUGCUAUUAAAGAAGGAGAUCAAGUCACCUUAUUGGAGCCUUUCUACCGUUUUGUUGAUUUUACUUGGAAAGGAAAGCAUUACCAGUUCAAAUCAGUGCGAGUGGAUUUUGUGGAACAAGUUCUUGUAAAUGGAAAAUGUUUGUCUCCUCAUCAGGCAGCUCGUACGUCAAUCUAUGCGCAACUCAAGGCAUGAGGAGUAUAUAAUCUCCUCUUGUAAAUGUAAGCUACCAAGAAAAAUUGGCAAUUUCUUCUUUGUGAAUUGAUUAUCUUGUAAAUACUGAUCUGUGCUAAAGAACUGAUCAGAAUCCUUGAGUGAUUGUUAAACUGCCUACCCGAGCAUAUAUACUUUUUUUUUUUUUUUUUUGGUCUGCCAUAUUCUGUCUUCGUUAUCUCAAGACUUCCAUACUUUCUUGGA